AUGCCUGGGACUUGGCUGCUGCUUCUCCUGGCCCUCGGGUGUCCAGCCCUGCCCACAGAGGUAACCACUCUCCUGAGGCUGGCACAACAAGGUGUGGGCAGCACACCCUUCCCCUCUCUGGCCCCACCAAUCACACUGCUGGUGGAUGGGAAGCAGCAGACUCUGGUGGUUUGCCUGGUCCUCGACGUUGCACCCCCUGGCCUUGAGAGUCCCAUCUGGUUCUCAGCUGGGAAUGGCAGCUCACUGGAUGCCUUCACCUAUGGCCCUUCCCCAGCAGCUGAUGGCACCUGGACUAGCUUGGCUCAGCUUUCCCUGCCCUCUGAGGACCUGGCAGCCUGGGAGACCCUGGUCUGCCACACUGGGCCUGGGACUGGGGACCACAGCCAGAGCACACAGCCUCUACAGCUGUCAGGAGAGGCUUCCUCAGCCAGGACCUGCCUCUGGGAGCCUCUCAGGGGGACCCGGGGCCAGGCGCUGCGGCUCGGGGCGCUGCGGCUGCUGCUCUUCAAGCUGCUGCUGUUGGAUGUGCUUCUGACCUGCAGCCGCUUCCGCGCCCCGCCCGCCGCGCGGGGGGACCCGGCCCGGGCGCCUCGCCCUGGGGACCCCGGGCUCCCCGCGGCCCCGCGGGCGGACCACCUUCUCCUCCCGCAGCCUCCGCCACCGGGAGGAUCGCCCGCAGCCCCCACCGACUGGAUUCGCCGCAGUGAGGGGUGGACCACAGGCCGAGGGCUCAGCCUGUCCACCCCGCCCGCGCUGCAGCCCCGGGACGGCCGCUGGGUUCACACCCGCCAUCCGGGUCGGGAUCCCAGGAGCCCUGUCUGGGAGGAGGGGCCGCUGGUGCUCAGGGCGUGGCGCUCGGGACCCGCCCUCAGUAUUCCUGCCUCCAGCCUUGGAGCAUUUCUCUGUGAUCUGCCUCCUCCAGCUGACCCGAGCUUCCCCGGGGGCUAG